CAUCAAUAUUGUUUCAUUUAAUAUCUUCUGUCAUCUGUUAUAUUUUGUUUUUAUUAUUAUUAUUUUAAUUUUUUUAGAAACAGCUGUUUCAUACCUUCUAGAUUUUAUAAUUAAAUUAAAUUUUAAUGUAUUUAUCAAGUUGAGGUUAUGUAAAAAAACAAGAAAUACACUAUCAUGUUCAAGACAUAUCCAAGGUUUAAAUUAAAAUACAUACAUACAUAAACUACUACACAGAACAAAAAAGGAUGUGAAUUCCCGAGACUAGAAGCAGUGUGAAGCAAAACAUGGAUCUGCCUCUGAAGAGCUCGAGAGAGGUAGUGUCGGUCCACGUGGGCCAGGCGGGAGUGCAGCUGGGUAACGCCCUGUGGGAGGCCUACUGCUUGGAGCACGGGGUGAGCCCGGACGGUAUCCUGGAUCACGGGUCAGAUCGGGCCGCCGAGGGGUUCUCCUCCUUCUUCCACCAAGUCAACGACCGCCGCUCCGUCCCCAUCGGCAUCCUCACGGACCUAGAGCCAUCCGUCGUAGGUCCUGACGCUGCCCCGCUCCAACGAGGUCCGCUCCGGAGCCUACCGCAACCUCUUCUCGCCCUGGCAGAUGGUCACCGGCAAAGAGGACGCGGCCAACAACUUCGCGCGAGGAGCCUGCAGCGUAGGCUUGGAAGUGGUCAACUUCGUGACAGACUCCAUCCGCCAGAUCCUCGAGUCCUGCGACUCCUUCCAGGGGUUCAUGGUCUUCCACUCGGUCGGCGGGGGAACUGGGUCAGGCUUCACCGCCUUCGUCUUGGACGACAUGCUGGAGGAGCAUGGCAAGAAGUGCAAGCUGGAAGUCGCCAUCUACCCGGCCCCGGAGAUAUCUACUGUAGUGGUAGAACCUUACAACGCAGUCUUCUCAACCCACGCUACAAUGGACCACUUCAACGUCUCCUUCAUCGCAGACAACGAGGCGCUCUACAGGAUAUGCCAGAACCACUUGGAUAUAGACUCGCCUACUUACAAGAAUAUCAACAGGCUCGUGGCGCAGGCGAUCAGUACUAUCACUUCGAGCAUACGUUUCGGCGGCCCGCUGAACGUGGACCUCCAAGAGUUCCAGACGAACUUGGUCCCGUACCCCAAGAUCCACUUCCCCUUGAUGGCCUACGCGCCGGUGAUCAGCGCGAAGAACGCGUCCCAUGAAGCGCUCACGGUGGUGUCGAUGACAAGGUCCUGCUUCGAACCGCAGAACCACAUGAUCAACGUCAACGCCCCCGUCAGGAAAGGAUGGCUACCCGGAGACCGCAUCCUGGGGCAGUACAUCGCCUGCUGCCUCCUCUACCGGGGCAACGUGGUGCCGAAGGAGGUGAACGCCGCCAUCUCCUUCAUCAAGAACAACCGCAGCAUCAGGUUCGUGAGCUGGUCGCCGACCGGGUUCAAGGUGGGCAUCAACCAGCAGCGGCCGGUGGAGGUGCCCGGAGGUGACCUGGCCGGAGUGGACAAGUGUGUCUGCCUCCUGGCCAACACCACUUCGGUGGCCAAGGCCUGGACCGUCCUCAACCACAAGUUCGACCUCAUGUUUGACAAGAUGGCCUUCGUCCACUGGUACGAGGCGGAGGGCAUGGAGCUCAUGGAGAUGGAGGAUGCCAGACUGAAACGACAAGAAACCGCUCGACGUUUCCGACUACUCCAACACUUACUAGACAAACGCUCUAAACUUCCCCUUAAUUACAAAAGACUCAUAUACUUGACUAUAAUAAGACCUAUUUGGACUUAUGGAGUUGAGCUAUGGGGCUCCACUAAACCAUCGAAUUCCUCUCGCAUUCAAUCCUUACAAUCCUUCCCGACUGCUAAACGUCCGAGGUGUAGACCGAAGCGAAGCCCCAGUGACGCGGUUGAGAGAGAAGUGCAGGGAUCUCCUGGAGUCAUGCUUUUCCCUCCACAGUUGGAGGGACAAGUCUGGUUUGGAGUUCUCUCGCCAGAUUGUAAAUAUUGUAUAUAG